CGCCAGUCUUGACAUAGUUUCCCGACGCAUAGCAUACUAAAAAAAUGAUUUUAUUGGUCGUAAUUGGUUUACUGGUGAUGUUUGUUGUAAAGUUUUGUUGGAGCAGAAGAGAAUUGUAUAUGGCUGCUUCAAAGAUGCACGGACCCACUGCUUUAGUACCGAUAUUAGGGAAUUCCCUGCAUUUUCUUUGCAAGGACGAGGACAUAUUAUAUGUAAUAUAUAACAUAAGUAGUAAAUAUCCCUCUCCGGCCAGACUUUGGUUAGGUCCUGUACUUAUGGUGUGCACUGCAGAUCCAAAUCAUGUGGAGAAAAUUAUGACUUCAACAAAAUUUUCUUACAAACACGAUUUGUAUGAUUUUGUGAAAAAUUAUUUAGGAAAUGGAUUGGUCAGUGGAUCAGGUCCAGUAUACAAGAAACACAAGAAAAUAAUUCAACCAAUGUUUGGCUUAAAGUUUGUAACCGCCCAGACUGACCUUAUACAAAGGCAUUCAGAAAUAUGUAUGUCAAAUUUGGAAAAAUUGGUAGAUACUGGUACUUUUGACGUCCAUCACACUAUACACAAAUGUUUUGUGGAUAUUAUUGGAGAGUGCAUCUUAGGUACUGAUAUGGAAUGUCAAAAAAAUGGCUACUCUGAAUUUUGCAAAGCAGCCAUUGAUAUGUAUGGAGUAGGAUUUACCAGAUUAACCAGACCUUGGUUGCAUCCAGAUAUACUUUACAACCUUACCAGCAUAAAAAAACGAGAAGAUCGCAUCAUAAAGAUUAUACGAAACUUUAUCUCAUCAAUAGUCACUGAUUCGUGGAAGAAAAGAAUGUUAACUGAUUACACGGUAACCGAAAGCAGCCCAAUCGUUGAUCAAAUAGGCGAAUACAUCGGUCAAAAUCCAGACUCAAUCAAUUGUAAAGACUUCGUCAGUCACCUUCUAACACUGUAUGCUGCCUCCGAGGAUACUAUGACAAUAAUAUCCAGUUUUUUGGCUGUCUGUUUCGGAAUGUAUCCGGAAUAUCAAAAUAAAGCAGCGGAAGAAAUCAGGACAGUAUUUGGAGAUAAGCCUAGAGCAGUAACAUAUGACGACAUCGCCAAUUUACCAUAUUUGGACAGCUGCAUUAAAGAAGCGCAAAGAUUAUUCCCCAUUGCACCUUACAUUCUACGUCAACCAUUGGAAACUGUUCACAUUGACAAAAAUGUUACGAUUCCAAAAGGGACUUGCUUAGUUGUACCGAUUUUCAAUUUACAUCGAGAUCCAGAGAAGUGGGAGAAUCCAGAUCACUUUCAUCCGGAUCAUUUUCUACCGGAACAAGUUAAAAGCAGGCACCAAUACAGCUUCAUACCGUUCAGUGCUGGACCUAGAGGUUGCAUAGGCAAAAUUCUUGCUAAUGCAAUUUUAAAAAUAUUUAUGUGCAAUUUUCUUCAAAGGUUCGAAGUGGAAGCUGAUGGGAAAUUACCUGAUUUGAAAUUAAAGAUGGAUAUUUCGGUCAGACCCAUUAAUGGAUAUAACAUAAGGUUAAAAAAGAGGGUCUGGAAGUGAUACAUUGCAGUCAAUCCCAGCAUAUUUAGUUGUAACAAUGGAAUAAUUUACUGACAAAUUAUUGUAUAAACAAAAAUUUGUCAGUAACUUAUUUGACUCUAUAAUCUGUAUUAAUGAUAUAUUCAAGUGUUUAAUAAAUUGUUAGACAC